AGUCAUUUCCAUAUAAUCUUGUUAUAUAAACUAUCAAGAGACGAUUAAAAAGAAAACCGACCGUUGCAGUUUCUUCUCAUUAGGAUUCAGGAGACACCCAAAAACACCAUGGUCAAAGCAAUUAGAUAAUCUUUGCAUGGGAACUUCUAAAUACCAACAUCUGACGUGUUUAUCUGAUCACUAUGCUUCUCUGAUUCAAAGAACCCUGGUUAACAAUGAUCCAUGUGCGGGGAAAGCGAUUCAUGCUCAAAUAAUCAAGUCGGGUCUUCAUCUUGGUGUGUUCCUCAUGAACAAUCUGAUGAAUUUGUAUGCCAAAAAAGGGUUUCUUGAAGAUGCCACUGGGUUGUUUGAUGAAAUGCCUGUUAGGAAUGCAUCUUCGUGGAAUACGAUUAUCUCUGCCUAUGCGAAACAGGGAAGGAUAGAUUAUGCACGCCGUCUGUUUGUAGAAAUGCCUGAACCAGAUUCUGUCUCAUGGACUGCGAUGAUGGUGGGUUACAAUCAGAUGGGUCGUUUUGAAAAUGCUAUCAAGAUGUUCAUUGACAUGAUAUCUUCCAAUAUAAUGCCGACGCAGUACACAUUUACCAUUAUUCUUGCCUCAUGUGCUGCGAUGAAGUCCUUAGAAAUUGGCAGGAAAGUUCACUCGUUUAUUGUUAAAGUUGGACUCAGUAGCUAUACUAGUGUUGCAAAUUCUCUGCUAAACAUGUAUGUGAAAUCAGGUGAUGUGUUGAUGGCUGAAUCUGUGUUCGGUAGGAUGAAAUUGAAGAGCACGUCAAGUUGGAAUACGUUGAUAGCAAUGCAUAUGCAAUGUAGGCGGUUUGAUCUUGCACUCACUCAAUUUGAGCAAAUGACUGAUCGGGAUGUAGUUACAUGGAAUUCAAUGAUUUCUGGUUACAAUCAGCAUGGUCUCGAUAUUGAAGCUCUUGAUAUGUUCUGUAAUAUGUUAAAGAAUCAAGUACUAAAGCCAGAUAGAUAUACCUUAGCAAGUGUUUUAUCUGCCUGUGCAAAUCUUGAUGACUUAAACUCGGGGAAACAAAUUCAUGGCCACAUUAUCAGAACUGAAUUUGACUUAUCUGGGGCUGUUGGAAAUGCUUUGAUUUCCAUGUACGCUAAGCUUGGCUAUGUCAAGAAAGCUCAAAAGAUUGUAGAACAAAAUCGGAUUUCGAAUCUAAACAUAAUAGCAUUUACAGCUCUGUUAGAUGGAUACGUUAAACAAGGGGACAUGAACUUGGCCAGACAAAUAUUUGAUUCUUUAAGGGAUUGUGAUGUAGUAGCAUGGACAGCUAUGAUUGUUGGCUAUAUGCAAAAUGGAUUCAACAAUGAGGCAAUGGAUCUCUUUAGAUCGAUGAUCAGAGGAGGCCUAGAACCUAACAGCUACACUUUAGCAGCUAUGUUGAGUGUAAGUUCGAGCCUAGCUUCUCUGGACCAUGGUAAACAAAUUCAUGCAAGAGCCAUAAAAUCCGCAGCUGCACCAUCUGUUUCUGUAAGUAAUGCGUUGAUUACCAUGUAUGCCAAAUCUGGAAACAUUAGUAACGCCCAACGUGUGUUUGAGCUGAUAAGUUGUUUAAGAGAUACUGUCUCGUGGACAUCCAUGGUCAUUUCUUUAGCUCAGCAUGGCCAUGGAGCAGAAUCAUUGGAAUUGUUUGAAAAAAUGUUGAGUCUUGAUAUAAACCCUGAUCAUAUAACUUAUGUUGGAGUAAUUUCGGCCUGCACCCAUAUGGGAUUGGUUGAAGAAGGUCGUUGGUACUUCAAAUUGAUGCAAGAAAAACAUGGGAUUGAACCCACCGCUAGCCACUAUGCGUGCAUGAUUGACCUGUUAGGACGUGCAGGAAAACUUCAAGAAGCAUGGGAUGUGAUACAAAAGAUGCCAAUUGAACCAGAUGUUAUAGCUUGGGGUUCGCUUUUAGCUUCUAGUUUUGUUCACAAAAACAUGGAGCUUGCAAAAGUUGCAGCCGAGAGGCUGCUGCUAAUUGAACCCGAUAACAGUGGAGCCUACUCAGCCCUAGCCAACGUCUACUCUGCUUGUGGGAAUUGGGAGGAUGCUGCUGAAAUUAGAAGAUCAAUGAGGUUUAGACAAGUGAAGAAAGAUCAAGGGUUUAGUUGGGUUCAGAUAAGGAACCAAGUUCAUGUGUUUGGAGCUGAAGACAGUGUUCAUCCCGAGAGAGAAGAAAUCUAUCUGAUGAUGGCAGAGAUUUGGAAGGAAAUCAAGAAACUAGGCUUUGUCCCGAAAACCGAAGCUGUGUUGCAUGAUCUUGAUGAAGAGGUGAAAGAGCAGAUACUUAUGCAUCAUAGCGAAAAGCUUGCUAUUGCGUUUGCGCUAAUGAAGACUCCUAAGAACAGUGCUUUGAGGAUCAUGAAGAACCUGAGGGUAUGUAAAGAUUGUCACUCGGCCAUCAAAUUCAUUUCGAAACUUGUUGGUAGGGAAAUUGUUGUUAGAGAUGCAACUCGGUUUCAUCAUUUCAAAGAUGGUGCAUGCUCCUGUCGAGAUUACUGGUAGCUAUGGCUUGAUACAUUGUGAACGAUGCUCAAUUGGCCUUUGGUCAUGUUUGGUAAAAAGAGGGUCUAUAUGCACAAAAGGACCAUACGUGGUGAACAAUGCUUAAUUGGCCUUGAUCUAGUAGUUGCGGAAACAAUCACUAUACUCUUUGGUGUAGAAGGUUGAUGAGGAGGCAUAUUCUGCAGAGAUUGGGAAAUUUG